GAAAGUAAAUUGGCAACAAAAAUAGUAGUGAAAGUGAAGUAAAAGUGAAAAUGAUGUGAAGGCACCGAUCGAUCCGUUUUGAGUUCAAAUUUAGUAAAAAGUUAAACACAGGGCCCGCAAGAUUGCGAGCCAUAGUCUGGUCUUGUACGGGGUCAGUUAAGUGGGUGUGAGUAGCUUAUGACUAGGUUCAUAGGAAAGCAAGGUGCAAAGAUCGAUCAAAAAUCUGAUCCUAAAUUAAACAGAGCCAGUAGUGAAAGGUUUAAGCUCUGUUAACCCGGGAAAUCUGCGUAAAAGGGGCUUAGCGCAGUACAGCUGUGAAAAACUUUGUUGCAACAUUAAAUAACGUACGUAGAAAAAGGAAGGAAAAAGGCUUUAUAAACUGACUGUUGACAUAUUCCUUCUUUGGACUGCUCACUGGGAGCGAACUUGUGACUUUUAAACUGGUCUUGACUGUUAAUUCCUCUCUGACUAAUGAUGAUUUGUUCAGCUGUUAAAGUGUGUGUAUGAAGCGGAUAGGAAUGGGUGUCUGAGUGAGCUGAAAAUUGUCUUUUGACUGCUUUACCCCUCCAACGGAAAAAACUGAUGUCUUCUAUGAGAGGAAAUAAGGGAAAAGUUUUAAACUGUGUUUUGACUGGUUUAUUCUCCUCUGACUAAUGGUGAUUUGCUCAGCUGUUGAAGUGUGUGUAUGAUAGUGGGUGAUGCACCGGACAGAAAUGUGUGACUGACUGAGUGUGUGACUAUUCCUUGAUUGCCUUACCUGUCUCGCUGAAAGUAAACUUAUGUCCAUGUGUGAGAAAAAUAAGAGAAGAAAGCUUUAAACUCUCCUUUGAGAGGAGGAAAAAGCUGAGGAUGAAUUGUCUGAGUGAGUGUGUGUCUGAGCGAAACUGGACACCGAGUAAGCUUGUGUGUCAAAGAAUGGACUAAAUGUGGAAAGGAAUGCGUGACUGAGUGUAACUGGAGAUUGAAGCAGCGCUGCAAGUAACUGUUGGAAGAAAGUUUAUGCAUGAGACAGAGGCCUCUGUUUGAAGUGAUACUGCAUGCUGCAUGUUGAAAAAAAUUAAUCUGUAUUGCAGUGCAUAAGUUGACUCGUUCCCCAAACUCAUAGUGGUCUGGUGAAAUCUGACACUAAGCUACUUGCUAACGCGCAUAGACACAAGCACUGACAAAAAUAAAAUAGUGCUCUUCUCUCGUGCAGCUACAAGGAUGUAAUCUGUACUAUUAUAACUGUUAAAAUGAGACCGCUGAACUCUUUUGGUUUCCUUCCAACAGAACACGACUCCUCCCAUUGGACCGACGCCUAGAAACAGGAAACGGAGCUGCGGCGCACCCAAGUGGUUUUCGUUUGAGUUGCAUGAUUAUCAUAUUGUAUUAAAAGCAGGGUUGAUUAAAUAGGAUAACAAUGAGCACGCCACAGGCUAUUGUUGGCAUUCGUCAUCCCCAUAGGAUGAAAGAGAUUCAACACAUGUCUGAAAAAUGGUGCAAAAGAACUAAAAAUUUGAUAAAUCCAUGGCCUGUUACAGGAAGCUUUGACCCACAGAUUUGUGAAUUAAUGCAACAUCGCAUUGAAGAUUACAAAGCUGAAAAUAAUUCUAAGAAACGACAAAAGAAACGACAGCUUGAAUUGGAAAUUUUAAACUUAUUUAAAAUUAGCAAGCCAAUUAAACGAAAUGUCAAAACGAUUGUGUCUUUCACGGAUAGUCCAGGGGAAACUGGAAACACUACUAACGCCGAACUUUUUCCAAAUUUAACAGGAACGAUAAAAUUUGAUGGGGACUUUAAUCUUGAUGACCAGCAGAGCCUUCUAGGGGGACUGACUGAUGCUGGCGUACCCGGAAAUGUAAGUGAUAUCCAAAAUAGGUUAUCUGCUGCUUCAGGGCUCGCGGAAAAGGGACCUCCUACUGAUGCAUUGCCCCAACCAGACCCACCCAACUUCAAACAGCGGGGUGCGUCCUUACAGGGCACUGGGGAAGCACACGCCCAGGUAGGAAGGCAUUCAACCUCUAUACAUUCUCCUCGAGAAAAACAGGAAACUCCUCCCCACAUGACAAUUCCAAAAUACUGUAGUACACAGCGACGUCAGUCUGGAAUCAUUAACUGUUACCAGGAUCGAACCGAACUGGCUCGGAAAGGUAAGACAGAUGAUAGCUUUUGGAUGAACUUAGGACCACGUCAGCAAGAUUUGCAACGUGAGUUGGGACGGAGCCAGAUAGUUGAGAUGGAACAGGAAAUAGAUGACUUAAAUGAGGAGGUGGAGGGGGCGACUUCAGGAGGCGGAGUUUCCAUGCCUGCAUGCUUACAGAAACCCGGCACGUCCACAGGGGUCCCUAGAGACGAAUAUGAUUUAAGAUACAGACCUAACAUCAGACCUCCUGACAGAUUGAAGGGGGGGAGUUCCCAAUUCUGAUACGGGGAACAAGGGCUGAUUAUCAUCCUUUUUCAGCUCGGGACCUGACAGGUUUGGUCUCAGAGCUCCCUCAAAUAUCCGCAGGAGGAGGCAAGUGGAUUAAGGCUUUGGAAUCAAACACGGCUGGAACAUUUCUUUCACUGGGUGACAUCAAAGCUGUCCUCGCUCAGGUUUUGGGGUUGUCUAAAAUGCAGCAGUUUUUCAGAGACAAUGAACUGGACUGGAUUUUGAGUGAAAGGGCAGAUGGAACAGAAUUAGCAGCCUAUAAGGGGGUGAUUUGGCAAGGAAUACGCAAACAGUACCCUAAUAAAAUUGAUGUUGAUGCUUUAAAAGGGGAACCUCUGAAGGACGACCAGAACCCAGCAGCAUACAUCGAUACACAGUUAAAAAGGUGGCGUCAAGAGUCUCAGAAAGAUGUGGAAAAUGAUCCUAUUUUGCUCACUCUUUUCAGAAAUGCAGUCAUCGAUUCAAUGCCAAAGGAUGUCAGCAGACGUUUGGAGGAUGUCGUUGGUCUAACAUCUAUGCCAGCGCAACAGUUCCGUGAUCAUGUGGUUCAUGCAGUAACCCGAUACAGGAAAGACCUAACUAAGACUUCUGAACAGGACCUCCAGAUUCAAAGGAAGCUGGCACAGAUGCAACUAAAUGAUUUGCAAGGCAAGCUGAAAGAAAAGGUUCAAGCUGUUGUGUUCACAGAUCCAGGUGCGGGACGGACUGCUGGAGUUCCUGAGUCAACACAGGCCGCUAGGGGUCCCCAGCCGUUCCGUCCUUCAUACUCAAGGCUUGGUACUCCCUCGUCUGGGGCGUGGCAGGGAUCCAACCGCUGCUGGUAUUGUGGCAUGUAUGGACAUUUUGCAAGGGCGUGCCCACGGCUUAUGCCCCUCCCAGCAGGUGGUCCUGGAAGAAACGGAGGCUUCCCUAGAAGAGGUGGAGGUGGACCCCUGGGUGGCCCACGACCAAGACCCUCUCAGUUUUAGGGGGGUCCCGAGGAUCCUGCGGGUAAAGGAAAAAGCGAACGAGCCAAAACCAGUCUCUGUGACAUCUGGUCCAGUGGUGCCCGGGGAUAAGGUGUACAUUAAGGAGUUUCGAAGAAAGUGGAACACUCCUAGACGCCGAGGUCCUUACACGGUGGUCCGUGC